GCAGGUCCCUGUCGCCGCCUUCUCACGGGGCGGGAGCUGGCGUCUGAGGGAGCCUUGUCCUGGCUCCAGAGCACCGAGGCCAGCCACCUUCUAUGGAUGUCCCUUGUAAAUUCCACGGGAAUGUGGCUCCGAAGGGAAGAGCGGUCCCGGGGUCGUGUCGCGUGUCGCGUCGUCCCCUUUCCCCGGAGGUCACAGCUCGGGAAGAAGUGACUCAAGGGAGUCCACGCCCAGGCCUGUGCGAGUUCUGUUAUGUGGUGACUCCACACACCUUUAAGAAGCAACCUUUGCACCAAUAUGUACGGAGACCGCUUUUCCUGCCACGUGCACCCUUGUGUAACACAGUACGAUUCAUGUUUAUUCAAACACAAGACACCCCAAAUCCCAACAGCUUAAAGUUUAUACCAGGAAAGCCGGUUCUUGAGACGAGGACCAUGGAUUUCCCCACACCAGCUGCGGCUUUCCGCUCCCCUCUGGCCAGGCAGUUAUUCAGGAUUGAAGGGGUGAAAAGUGUCUUCUUCGGACCAGAUUUCAUCACAGUCACAAAGGAGAAUGAAGAAUUAGACUGGAAUUUACUGAAACCAGAUAUUUAUGCAACAAUUAUGGACUUCUUUGCAUCCGGCUUACCCCUAGUGACUGAGGAGACGCCUCCAGGAGAAGCAGGUUCUGAGGAAGAUGAUGAAGUUGUUGCAAUGAUUAAAGAACUGUUAGAUACUAGAAUACGGCCAACUGUGCAGGAGGAUGGGGGUGAUGUGAUCUACAGAGGCUUUGAAGAUGGCAUCGUGCGGCUGAAGCUCCAGGGCUCCUGCACCAGCUGCCCCAGCUCCAUCAUCACCCUGAAGAGCGGGAUUCAGAACAUGCUGCAGUUUUAUAUUCCAGAAGUGGAAGGUGUGGAGCAGGUGAUGGAUGAUGACGAAUCAGAUGAAAAAGAAGCAAAUUCAUCUUAAAUAACCUGCAUUUUCUUUGGCCACAACCAUUGGACUUAUCUUUACUGAGCCUGUAAUUAUAGUCUCUGCUAUGGAAGUUUAUUAAUAAAAGGUUUCCUUCCUCCAGAA